AACCUUUAUGGCUCAUACGGGCCACCGUAUUAUUUGUAGGCACUGCUUUGAUUAGCUUGCGUUCACGUUCACUGACUUUAUCUCAGUGGGGUGAAUUCGCCCAUUUUACAUUGUUUUCGCACAGCGGCUGUUUUUAUCCACAUCGUUUGAGUUGAAAUUAACAGCUGAACGCCUUCCAGCUAAAGUAAGUAAACAGCGUCGUGUUGUAUUUACAGCAGACCCGUUAAAGUCCAGCUAAUUAGCCCACAUUAUUCGGCCUGUUCGGCGGCGGCAUGUCGUACCGUAAAACUUUACAACUGAUUUGCGGCUUCGCCGGAGGCUCUGCUGCCGUCGUGUUCGCGGCUGCAGCCGCCGACUCCCGCGGGUACUUCGGGGAGCACCGCGGAGAGGGAGCGAGCCGGUGGUCGAGAUUUGCCGUCCUGCACGCGGCGCAGCCAGCUCGGACCCCGGUACACCACACACCAGCCGCGACCGGACCUGGCUGGGACUUCAACUGGGACAAGAGAGAUCCGUCUGUUCUGUCCAACGGGAGGAAGAGGGAGAGCGUAACAGAAGACCCCAGCUCUGAGCAGGACAACAGCAAGCCCAAAGCAACGCGCCACAUUCUCCUCAUCAGGCAUUCCCAGUAUAACCUGAGUGGAAACGGCGACACGGAGAGGGUCCUCACCCCACUAGGCCGUGAGCAGGCCGAGUUGACGGGUCAGAGGUUGGCAGCGUUGGGUUUAAAAUACGAUGUUCUGAUCCACUCCAGCAUGACCAGGGCAACCGAGACUGCACACAUCAUCAGCAAAUACAUCCCAGGUGUGGAUCUGGUGAGCUGUGACCUGCUGAGAGAGGGAGCUCCUGUGGAACCAGUUCCUCCGGUCACCCACUGGAAGCCUGACGCUGUGCAGUACCAUGAAGACGGAGCUCGCAUUGAGGCAGCCUUCCGCCGCUACAUCCACCGGGCUGACCCCAAGCAGAAAGAGGACACCUAUGAGAUCAUCGUGUGUCAUGCCAAUGUCAUCCGUUAUUUUGUCUGCAGAGCUCUGCAGUUCCCCCCUGAGGGCUGGCUGCGCAUGGGCCUGAACAACGGCAGCAUCACCUGGCUCACCAUCCGCCCGAGCGGCAGGGUGGCCCUCAGGACCCUGGGAGACGCGGGAUUCAUGCCUCCAGACAAACUGACACGGACCUAAAAUCUCAGCACAAAGCAGCUUUAAUGGGGAAAAAAAAAAAGUUGAAAAGGUUUCAGGGUUAAAUCUCAGUUGUUGUUUUUUUUAAAUUAUUUUUCCUCCUCAAGUGUCUUGAAAAUAAACUUUUGAUGAAUUCAUUUUAUAACCAACCUAGCAUCAUGAUACGAGACUGUGCUGCUGCGAUUACUUCAACGCCAUCGCCAAGAGAAGUGAGAAUCGGCUGCAUAGCAACUCCUGCUGAAUGUAAUUGACUUUUACAGAAGUGACAGAUUUUUACACCAAAAAGGCUCUAUUUAUCUAGCAGUCAAUGCAUUUCAAGUCGUCAGCUUAACAUAUUGCAUUUAAUUAAGUUUGAAGGUAUAUUUGUUGUAUUGUGGUAAAUAAAGAGUUUAAAACGUC